AUGGGACUCGGGGCAAGUAAGGUUAGCAACCUGCUUCCCUGGUACUUUAAAAAUGAUGCUGGCAACAAUCAGAGCAAAAUGCCUCUGACCUUUGGAGGUGACGGAGUCCCACCUCUAACUGACAAACCAGGGACUCCUAAGAUACGACUUGGCAAACAAAUGGUAAUGAGAUGGGGAGCUGUUAAUAUCAAUGGGGGCUACUCUGGGAAGAAGGUAGAGCUGGCAGAGGCUGCAAGUAAGAUGGGGCUGGACGUUUUAGCUGUUAGUGACAUUCGGGUAAGGGGUGAGAAAGAAGAGGAAGUGGGAAAAUACAAGGUCUACCUGUCAGGAGUCAAAGCAGGAAUAGCACAAUGGGGUGUAGGGCUUUACAUCAGCAAAGAAAUGGGACCCAGCGUAGUUGCAAUAAGGUAUGUAAACGAACGACUGAUUUGGAUAGAUUUGACAGUGUCUAGCAAGAAAAUUAGGAUUGUGUCAGUAUAUUUGCAUUGUGAAGGGACAGAUCGAGAUAAGAUGGAUAGUUUUUAUGAGGCACUCAGUGAUGUAGUUGUUAGAGUAAAGGACAAGGACAGUGUUCUGCUCAUGGGUGAUUUUAACGCCAGGAUUGGAAAUCAAACAGAAGGGUAUGAAAAGGUUAUGGGUAAAUUUGGAGAGGAUAUGGAGGCCAACAGGAACGGGAAAUAA